AUGGCGCUGAGUGACCUCUUUUACCCAGACAACCCAAAAAGACGGCAAGAACUGAUCCAUCUGCACCAGGAAUUGCUCAGCUGUAUGUCCAUGAAUUUCCAUGCAACAAAUGAGCUGGCUGGAGUGCUGAAUGAACACCUGGGCUGUACCCUUACCCGCAUUCAGAUGAGAGAAAGCAGCACUGUCAAGGAAAACUGUGACAUUAUCAUUCAAGCGAUGAGUGAGAUUCAGCAUCAGGUACAGAAGAUUGAUAGUGACAUGAAGGAAAAGCUGGAACCUGUGCUGUACCAGAAACUGUAUAACAUCAAAGAGCCUGAGCUGGAGAAAAUUGCAAUAGCUCAGAAAGUUUUUUCCAUUGUUCUUGGAGAAGCGACUUCAACAGCUGGGAUGGUAGCUAUCAAAUUACUCAGCUCCGAUCUUAUAAUUCUCACUGUGAGCAAGCUUGUCAGCCUCCUUGCACAGAUCGGGGCAUCUGUUCUUGGAGGAAUCAGCAUCACCAUUCUUGGGCUCGGCAUUGAAAUGAUCCUCCACGCAAUCCUGGGAGCCGUGGAGAGGAAUCAGCUUCUGGAAGCUGUGAGAAGCUAUGAGAAGCACCUGGCUGAGUUUAAAGCAGCCUCAGAAAAGUACCAGUGUGCCAUACGUGAAGUGACUUCUUUGGUGAGAAAGCAGGUUCAGUGAAUGAAGUUGAAGUUCUGUGAAUGAAAUUGGAGUUCUCUCAUCUGCUGUGACAGCAGCUGCAGCAGCUACACCUGCAGAAGCCUUUUUGAUUCAUUUUGGUAAAUGGCUUUUUUUCUUAUUAGUGGCAGCAGAGCAAGAGAUGUGACAGAGCAGGGAAUUGGCACUGAAAUAUAUGAAUACAGAACUGGUUUAUAGGUGCUUCUGGGAGACAAUGCUUCAAACACUUUGCACCUUUCCUUCAGCUGUUUUCUGGAAUGCGCUGUAGACGAACUGUGUAAUUCAUACUAGUGACAAUAAUAUUCACUGCUGGAACAGUAGUGGUGAGAAAGUGUGAUUUUUCUCUUACUGUGUUUCUAUAUCAAAGACAACAACAUAGUGAGAGAAAACAAUGUCAACAAGGCAGUCCAUGUCAUCAUCUGGAGGGCUCGUCAGGAUGGCUGUUGUUGCUAAACUCUGAGUGUGGAUUAGGGCUAAAUUCCUGUUCAUGGAAGUGCUUACAAGGACUAGCUGAAGAAUAUUUAACUGCUAUUUCCUGUCCCAUCCCUGCCUAAGGAGCCAGUUAAGAUCUUCUUUAAAUAAACUUUAAUCCCAGUAGAUUAUCAGGUAAGAGAAGCACGAGCCUACAGAAAAACACACACAACUGAGAGAAAAGGGCUGUAGUGUUCCAGGCACGCUUGGCUGUGAAUAACCUCUUUUGCUCAGUAAUGACCAGCUCUUGCCAACCCAAAGGUUGUUAUUCCUGUGCAAUAUUGCUGCUCUGUUGGUUGAAAUGGGAUUAUACACAUGUACAAGUGUCUGUAGGAUUACAGCCCCAUUAAUGCACUAAAUUUAUUUUCACGUGCUUUACCCAGUCUCACCAAUGCGGGAGUGCCAAAAACAUACUCAGAUUCUGCAUUUCAAAAUAUGCUACAAAAUAUCCUUAUUUUUCAGAUUUUAAAAACUAAGCUGGAAGGAAGAACAUGAUUUGCAGUCUCUUGCUCUGUUUUGCUGUUGUUGGCUUUUUUUGCUUUGAUCUUUGGGAAAAAAAAAAAAAAAGAAUGAAUAAAAAUGUACCUGAAUGAGAUCUGUCUUUCCUGUACUCAUGUUGUUUGUUUGUUUGUUUUAAAAAAAUAAAUCUUAAAAAAAUAAUGAAAAAAA